ACCCGUUCCAUUGAGUGACCAAGAUGGCGAUUGUUUACACUGCCAGGCGGAGGAAGUAAAGAAAAACAUUAAUUAUUUGCGUCACGCCAUUAAUUAAAGAGUAGCGAGUGUGAGUAAGAGGAAGAGAGGAACAAGAGGAGGAGGACGUAGGAAGCGACACAGGGCGAUAGAAGUUAGAGGAAGCAGGAGAAGAGGAGGAGGAAGGCAGUGACAGUUCUCCUCGGCCGCCCGCACGCCCGCCACGCCCACACGCCCGCCCGGUUAUGUUCUCCGGGGGCAGAAUUGACAAGAAAAACAAGAAAGUCAUCACCCAGCAAGGCAGCCUCAGCAGCAGCAGUGGUAGCUGCAGCAGCAACCACAGCAACACCACCACCAGCAAUAGUAGCAGUGGCAGCGGCGGCAGCAGCAGUAGUAACAAAGGUGGCGGGCGUGACAGACGCAGUGGAAGCAGCAGUGGCAGCAGCAGUAGUAGCAGCAACGGCAGCCCCCCCGCCGGCACCCCCCCCCACACCCAGAUGGCGUCCCACGAGAGUUUGAACUCCGAGUCUAAGUCAAGCUCACUCAACUCCAAGCUUGGCCAUGAGUCGGGUGGCUCUCCCUCCCCCCCAAAGAGUGCCUGCUCCUCCAGCUCAACCACCUCUACCGACCACCACCACCACUCCCACCACCAGAUGUCCCAUGUCCUCACCGCCACCAGUAAAAUGACAGUAAGGGAUGGGAACCGCACACUUCGCCCCGAUGAGCCGUCCUUAGUCCCUGGCGAGCACCUUGAGGGCACUGCCAGGGAGGUGACGUAUCUCUGUCCCUACGUCGGGCCUAAGAAGGGAACGCUGUCGGUCACGAACUAUCGACUCAUCUUCCGCAGCCCUGAGACUGAUCCGCCCUUUGAGCUGGAAGUGCCUCUGGGGGUGGUGUCCAGGAUAGAGAAGGUAGGAGGCGCCAACACCAGCCGUGGGGAGAACUCGUAUGGCAUCGAGAUCUUCUGCAAGGACAUUCGUAACCUCCGCUUCGCCCACAAGCAGAGCGACUCGCAGUACUCAAUGCACCUUAAGCGGGACAUGAAUAUCUCAGUGUUCAGACGGUACAGGGUGCGCCAUAACUUUGCCGGAUACGGAGCUAAUCAGUCGGCAGAGGAGAACCACUCGCGCCGGAUGGUCACAGAGAAGCUGCUGCAGUACGCCUUCCCGGCCUCCCACAAGCUUCCCUUCUUUGCCUUUGAGUAUUGCGAACAGUACCCUGAAAACGGCUGGAGUGUUUACGAGCCCAUUGCUGAGCUGAAGAGACAGGGUCUGCCCACGGAGUCCUGGCGAAUCACCCGCAUCAACGAGCAGUAUGAGCUGUGUGAGACGUACCCGGCAGUGUGGGCCGUUCCUGCUGCCGCCUCAGACAGUGACCUUCGCAACGUGGUCACCUUCAGGAGUCGAGGACGCAUCCCGGUGCUGAGCUGGAUCCACCCAGAGAGCCAGGCCACCAUCACCCGCUGCGCUCAGCCGCUGGUGGGAGUGAGCGGCAAGCGGAGCCGAGAUGAUGAGGCUUACAUUCAGCACAUCAUGGACGCCAACGCACAGAGCCACAAAAUAUUUAUCAUGGAUGCACGGCCUAGUGUCAAUGCCGUGGCGAACAAGGCGAAGGGCGGCGGCUACGAGAGUGAGGAUGCCUACCAGAAUGCGGAGGUUCAGUUCCUUGACAUCCACAACAUCCACGUCAUGAGGGAGAGUCUGCGCAAGCUACAGGAGGUCUGCUACCCACACAUCGACAAUGCACACUGGCUCAGCAACCUGGAGGCAACGCACUGGCUGGACCACAUUCGGUGCGUGCUGAGUGGAGCGCUGCGCAUCGCCGACAAGGUGGAGAGCCACAAAACGAGCGUGGUUGUGCACUGCUCGGAUGGGUGGGACCGCACGGCUCAGUUGACGGCGCUGUCCAUGCUGAUGCUAGAUGGCUAUUUCCGAACCAUCCCGGGCUUUGCUGUGCUACUGGAGAAGGAGUGGCUCAGCUUUGGACACAAGUUUGCUCAGAGGGUCGGGCACGGGGACGACCGCCACCAAGACGCCGACCGCUCGCCAGUCUUCCUUCAGUUCAUAGAUUGUGUGUGGCAGAUCCAGCGGCAGUUUCCGCACGCCUUCCAGUUCACCGAGGACAUGCUCAUCACCCUCCUGGACCACCUCUACUCCUGCCUCUUCGGAACAUUCCUCUACAACAGCGAGCGUGAGAGGAUCGAUAAGGAAGUGAAGACGAAGACCGUGUCCCUGUGGUCCCUUAUCCUGAGCAACAAGGCGGACUUUGAGAACCCGCUGUACAACCCCGCCACCCGCCACCAUGUGCUCUUCCCCCGCACCUCCAUGCGCCACCUGUGUCUCUGGGACAAGUACUACUGCCGCUGGAACCCUUCUAUGAGGCAGCAGGAGCCAGUUCAUAUUCGCUUCAAGGAGCUCCUACACGUCAAGGACCAGCUGGAGAAGCACGUGGAUGAGCUGCGGAAGGAGCUGGCCGCCCGGCAGACCCACGACUCCCCCCGCGUCACCACUGCCAUUGUGUGAGGAGGCGGAGGUGAUGGUGGCAGCAGUGGUGGCGGGGGCGAGGCUGACCCAUAGUUUCCCCCUCUCGUCACGGCUGCCGCCACUACAUGAGGUUGUGUGGAUGCUGCUGCUGGUGGUGAUUGUCAUGGUGAUGGUGGUGGUGGUGUGGCAAGGUCAUGGUAUUCACCCGACCGUGUCUCCGCCAUUGUAUGAAGAGGUUGUAUCGUGUGUGUGUGUGUCAAGGGUGUGUUUGCGAGCUUGUGUUCACCCUUCCAACUCAGACUCAUGCUAAACAACAGAAAUAUUACCGUAGAAAUCAGGACGAGGUAUAAACUUCUUCCAAAACUACAAAAUAAAGAAAAGAAAUAAAAAUUGUCAAAAUGAAACAAACAAUCCUCAAUUUGACAAUACUCAAGACAGUAUUUCAGCAUUAUACUUCCGAAGAGCUGAUAGAAAUGGUGUGUACAAAUUGAUGAUCAUAUAUACCUUAUUGAAAACAGCAGUGAGGUUAAAGGAAAAGUGUCUGUCUGCUGGCUGUUGAUGAUGAGGAUGAUGUAUGUAUGUGUGUGUGUGUAUGUGUGGAAGGGUGUGAGAGAGCAAGGGAGGGCAUGAUAGUGUUAAGGGAGGUAGAUGGGGAAGGAUAGAUAUUGCUCGGUGGUGUGAGAGGACUGACUGACAAGGACGAGGAGAUGGGUAUUGUGGUGUUGAGGAGCUGAGGGCAGUGUUGUGGUGUGAGCAAGAUGAGGUGAGGUGUGGUGUUGAGGGUGGUGUUGUGGUGUUGAGGAGUUGAGAGCAGUGUUAUGGUGUGAGCAAGAUGAGGUGAGGUGUGGUGUUGUGGCGUUGAGGAGUUGAGGGCAGUGUUGUGGUGUGAGCAAGAUGAGGUGAGGUGUGGUGUUGUGGUAUUGGGGACAGUGUUAUGGUGUUGAGGGCAGUGUUGUGGUGUGAGCGAGACAUG